AUGAACGAAAAACGAAACAGCCCAAUUUUAACAAAAAUCAAUAAAUUAAAUUUAAAACAAGUAAGUAAUUUUGACUUACUUAAAGAGUUAGAAAGACGAAUGCUAAUAAACCAUGAAACCGAUCCACAAGGAAUUGAUUUUUAUCCCAAAAGAGGAAUUAUCGAAACUGAAGGUGAAUUUAAAGUUAACUAUUCUCCUUAUGGUUCUAAAUUGGAAUAUGGAGAGGUUUUGUUUGGCGAAAAGGCAAAAGAAGACUAUUUGAGAAAACAAUCAGAAAUCAAAAACUCCCCUAACUUCUACCAACAAGCCCCAUUUUUAACUAUUGCUGAGGAUUUGUUGAAACUAAUAAAGGAGGGCAAAGUAGAAUUAUUAAUCUUUUUAAGUGCUUAUGAUAAGAGGAAAUUCCCUAACGGCGACCCUAGAAAAAAAGAGAUAUUUGCUGAAACCUUUGCUAGAUUGGAAAGAAAAAUGGAGUUUAAAGAUAAAGAUGCUGGGGUUUGCGUUUAUAAAUCUCCUGAAAUCAUUUUAGAACUAAUCCCUUUCGACAGUGAAGAAAAAGGAUAA